AGCGCGCGACUUCGUGCCGUAAGCACACUUCCUGCGGGUCUCUCUCUUCUCUCUGUCUCUCCCGCUCUCUCUCUCCCUCUCUGUUCUCGUCGUCGUAUGUGUAAGUGUGGGUGCGCGUGUGCGCGCUUCUUUCUCGCCUCGCCUCUCCUCCGCCUGUCUGUCUCCACCUCGGGUUCGCUCGUCGCCGCGAGGAUGGCAGGCAAAUAAAAUCGGUGGUGAGCGAUGUAGCGCAGGGGGGAGGGGGUAGUGAUAAUCGCGAAAGAAAGAGGGCAAGAGGACACGCGGGACGCUGUGAGGGACUUUUCGUGCGAUACGAGUGAAUAUAAAAUUGAAAGAGCGAGGCAAAGAGUUUGCGAGUGAUAACGAGGAAAGAAUAAGUCCAAGGAAUUUGCUAGUGUAUAAGAUUUAGAGUGAUAUGUAUUUGAAAACAAGGGGAUGCGCGCGGAAAAGUAGGAUGGAAAGGGAGGUAAUAAUUGAACGAAGACGGAGGCAGAGAGAGAGAGCAUCGGUAAUAUUUAAGAAAUUGAAGUAUCUCAAGUGAAAGCAGAUGUAAUAGUCUGUGUCUUCUCCCAGAUAUGAAGCGGGGUGCGAAUAUUACAUGAAGUGCAACGUGAAUAAUUUAAUUUCGUAAAAAAGAAAUUUUUCUAAAUACAAAAAGAGGCCACACGGCUGCCUGCGAGAAUCCAUCGAGAUUACGAAUACCGCCGAAAAGAAUAUAAAGUUGCGAAUAAUAGAGAGCGAAAAGAAGAUGAGAGUCUACCCGUUUCUUCGCGUGAUCCAGGAAAAAUAACCCACGAACGUUGAUCACGAAAUCUGAACAGUAAUGGUUGAGAAAGAUAAAAAUAUAAGGAGGUGAAAAUAGAGUGUCUGUAGCAAGAUGACGUGAAACAAUAUACACAGAUUUGGAGUGAUUUCAAAGUGACAAGCAUUGAGUGCGAUCAAACGACGAGAUUCUGCUUUCAGCUUCGGUCUCUCCUCCAGUUUUGUUGUCAGGAGUAUUGAUAUUUCGUAGCAAACACUCAAAGACUUGUGACGGACAUCCGAAAUAUGAAAGACAUAUACUUGUUUCCGACAAAGGAUGCGACCAGGAGUUCAUCUUGGGACUCGUUCAAGUCACUCUCGCCGAGUGUCCGCGGAAGGAAAGUACCGACCAAUACGCAGAGGAUGGAAGCAUGAUUCUGGUACCGUGGGUCCGGCGUACUCGACGUAAAACUAGAAGAAGAGCGUCCUGAGGAAAGACGGUGGCAUGACGAGAAAUUGCGGGGAUAUGGACACCCGCGAGGACGGCGGGGUCGGUCGAUCGCGCGGCUCGAAUCUGUUGACUUAGCCGUAUCUAGGGGAAUAUCCCGGCAUGCGUUCGAACAAGCACGUCGUCGUACUUCCGUUUAAGUUACGCAUUACGAGAGAUUUCGUUCGCGGCACGCGACCACGGCAAGGAAAAUCCUCGCGAAUCGCCGACAUCGCCCGCAGAAUAUAAAUGUCUUCGUGACACGGCUCGAGAGAGGAAAUACUCGCGCUCGUCGCCAAUGCCAUCGCAGAAGAUCGUUUCGCGCGAGCAUCGAUCCCCGAUAUUUUCUGUGGCAUGUGUGUGACCCCAACGACGCGGAAAGAAAUUUGCGGCAGUAGAGCCUCGAAGAGACCCGGUACCGUGGGUGGUACCACCUUGUGCCCCUGGCACGGUACCGUUUCCUGAAGAACGAGGCCGGGUAGGCGUGUGUGCGCGUGUGCCCGACUAGAAGAGGAAGAAACACGGGGAACUCAAAGGUACCUUACGGUGCGGUGGUGCCUGCAGCUGAGAGUGUCUCCUCAAAUCGCUCGAGUCGCCAAGCUCUCGGUGCUCGCGUGCACCGUCUCGAAUUGUGCAAGACCAGCUGUGCGAAUCGGUAUCGAACGGUACCGUCGAAGGAUGAGACAAUCCGGCAGAGCAUCGUGAGGAAUAGCGAAAGCGUGCGUACUUUGGUUGUUGGACGAUGACCGACUGGCCGUCGUCGCGGAGAUGACUACCAGGUUAGUGGCUCGUCCCGAAGACGACGACGACGACGACGAGGUCCACGAAGUAGAGCGAGACUCGGCCGUGGGCUAUCACUGCCACUGAUAGAGCCGGCAUCCCGUCGCAGCUCACAUCGAUGCCGACCGCCACAUCCACGAAACGAGGAAUGGGGAGUGUCGGCAGCAACGCGACAGGGACGACGACGAUAGAUCCGACGACGUUCCUGCCAGAUGCAACGCCGACUCUGAGCGAGCGCGAACAGCUCAAAAUCGAAUUUUACAAGACGUACGACGUCAUGACGGGGGUACGGAUAGCCGCGACCCUCGGCGGCUUCUUCAGCUUAAUGGUGCUGCUGGUAGUUUACAAGAGCAGAUGUAAAGCGAGCAAACAACUAGAAGACCCGGCGCUGACUGCGGCGGCAGCCGCAGCAGUUGCGGAAGCUGAAGCUGAAGAACGAGCACUUGCCGCCGCUCUCGAAGCGAUUGCCAGGUUACCACCCAAGCCGGGUCGUGGUCCAAGGAGGUCGUUGUGCGUCGAGAUGAACCCGUCUCAUUCACCCGUGGUGGCACCUCGCUUUGCCUCAGUCGGAGGUGGAUACGACGCCCUAUUGGCACCACCAAUCAGGCAACCGAGGUUGGCUCCCCCCGUCGAUUACAGAAGAUGUAGCUCGGUCACCUGUAGCAGCACUGGAAGUAGUUAUCUGGAACGAAGGGGUUCAGCCAUGGUGAUGCCGUGCCUUCCGCCUCCUCCAUCCUUCCCGCGUCACGCCGCCUACGAUGAGCCAUGGGAUUUAUAUUACCCUAUCGAUAUCCAGGUAAUACAGCCAACGCCGGAUUUAUCGCCAUGCGGUAGCGAGGUCGGCCUCUACGCCGGUGCGGUCGGCAACCUUAUGGCGGCGUCGUCCGGCAGAAGGGCGCCGCUAGCGUCGAUGGGCAGCGUGGAUCCCCCGGAUCCGGACUCCAGAUCGCUCGGCUCCGACUCCGUGUUCUUGAAGAACGAGGACGAGGAGCAGUGCAUCGACACGGAGGACGAGGUUUCGGGCUUCUCCACCGACUCGGACGCGCCUGGGCCGAGCUGUCGGCGAUUCCUGCGGGUGCCUUCUAGAAAAAAACGGACCCUUGAGAAAUGGGACGGAUGCGCGGGCUGUGUGCCCAGACGACGGGCUGGCAGUAAACCCUGCCAAGAAUGCUUGACCAUCAGUGCCGCCGUCGAAACCUCCAGGUCGCAACCAGCCUCAACGACGACCAGUAGCAGUCAGAGUAGCGUGGGAUCUCCACCGUGUUCACCGCCGAUCGAGCUGAGGCAUAGACCACCGCCGCCUGCGCCAUUGCCAUCAAUCCCGCCAAUAUGGUCCCAAGAAACGCUCUUUUAGGGCGCGUCUUUCGUAGCGAGCAUAUUCUUCGAUCUGUUUUUACCGAGACGAAGUUAAAUCCAGAAUGUCGAUAUCCGAGGAAAUCAUUUGCCCGAAAAAUUCAACCUUGAACUCUUUAUUCAAUUUCUCAAUCGCCUUGUCAUUCUUCUGAAAAGUCAUUUCUUCAAAUCCCAUCGUGAUCGAAAUAUCGUUUAGGUAGGCUCAAAAAAACAUUUGUUGAAUUAGUCAGCGGAUCUCAGUUCGUAAUUUACGGAUGCAAAAAUCGUCGCGUAAAAUUGUUAAUAAGAUACAAAAAAAUCCAACUUUUUAUGCGACAAAUUAAAAGCAAACAGAUUAUACCAACAAUAAUCUUUGUAAGUAUCGCAAAGAUGGGGAAGAAUAAAACGAUAAAUUAAAUCGCAACGACGAUGAAGGACAGAAUAGAAAUCUAAGACGGGCGAGACGUGGAAGAACGCGGAAAGCAUUUUCGUUCGAAGAAAUAUCGGAGAUUUUUGAUAUUACGGCGGCGAGUCUCGUCCCGGAACCGGAGCAAACUCAUCCUAAAGUAGUCUAGAUCGAAGCAUUUUACGUCGACUGCGCGGUACACUCUGUAGCAAGCACGAAACCCAGGUCAGAUUACGUCGUCAGUUCAAAGAACGUGUCUUCGACCGGCGUACCGCGAGAUGACGGCGAAAUCUACCUGAGAUUUCAUCUAUCGACAUAUUCCAGACGUCUAUCUCUGUCCCGCGUUCCAUAAUACGUUCGCGAAUAAUGCAUCUGGUCGGAUUUAUCUAACGUUUCUUAACUACCUGUUGUGUAUCCCCGCAGCUACCAGCAUCGCGAACACACAGAGACUUCGCGAGAAUCGGUUUAUCUAGAAUUGCAAGCCGCACCGCACCGCAAUCUCAUUUAGUCGAAGAAAAUUGGACGGCUUCAUUAUUUCCCGUAUUUCUCCACCAUGCUCUCUUCAUGUAAGCAUCCCUCGAAACACGCAGCGCGCACACUCGUGACACUCGUGAUCCAUUUAACAACGAAAACAAGCAAAUGCACUUCCUCACUUGGACAUUCGUGGCGUCCGAAUUGGCACGAGCGAGACGCCAAUCGAGCUCGCAAGAUUUCGAGCAGCCAAAAUUUGGGAUAAGGACGCAAGGUGAUCUAUAUAUCGCACAAAAGAUAAUCCGUGAAACGAGCGGAGAAACUCGUUCCAAAUCGACCAGGGUGAACCACAAAACUCGCAACUCAGGAGACAGUCGGCGGGAGACCGCGACG